GGGAACCAGGAACAUGAGCCGCGGCGACCCCAGGCUGAUGCACCGGCGGCCGACUGUGCUCCGGGACAAGGGGCGCAGGCUGGCCAGCCGCGGGCCCGCCUACAUGUUCAGCGACCGCUCCGCCAGCCUGUCCGCCGAGGAGGAGCGCUUCUUGGACGCGGCCGAGUACGGCAACAUCCCGGUGGUGAGGAAGAUGCUGGAAGAGUGCCUGUCCCUCAACGUCAACUGCGUGGACUACAUGGGCCAGAACGCCCUGCAGCUGGCCGUGGCCAACGAGCACCUGGAGAUCACGGAGCUUCUCCUCAAGAGGGAGAACCUCUCCCGCGUGGGCGACGCCUUGCUUCUGGCCAUCAGCAAAGGCUACGUCCGCAUCGUGGAGGCCAUCCUGGGUCACCCGGCCUUCGCCGAGGGCAGGCGGCUGGCCACCAGCCCCAGCCAGUCCGAGCUGCAGCUGGACGACUUCUACGCCUACGACGAGGACGGCACGCGCUUCUCGCACGACGUGACGCCCGUCAUCCUGGCGGCGCACUGCCAGGAGUACGAGAUCGUGCACACGCUGCUGCGGAGGGGCGCGCGUAUCGAGCGGCCCCACGACUACUUCUGCAAGUGCGGCGCGUGCAGCCGGAAGCAGAGGCUGGACGCCUUCAGCCACUCGCGGUCGCGCAUCAACGCCUACAAGGGCCUGGCCAGCCCCGCGUACCUGUCCUUGGCCAGUGAAGACCCAGUGAUGACGGCGCUGGAGCUCAGCAACGAGCUGGCCGUGCUGGCCAACAUCGAGAAGGAGUUCAAGAACGACUAUAAGAAGCUGUCAAUGCAGUGCAAAGACUUUGUUGUGGGGCUCCUGGAUCUGUGCAGAAACACGGAGGAGGUGGGAGCCAUCCUGAACGGGGAUGUGGAAGAGUGUCAGGGCGGCGGAGACCACGGCCGGCCGAACCUCAGCCGGCUGAAACUGGCCAUUAAGUAUGAAGUGAAGAAAUUUGUAGCUCACCCAAACUGCCAGCAGCAGCUCCUCUCCAUCUGGUACGAGAACCUUUCCGGCCUGCGGCAGCAGACCAUGGCGGUCAAGUUCCUCGUGGUGCUCGCCGUGGCCAUCGGACUGCCCUUCCUGGCCCUCGUUUACUGGUUCGCGCCAUGCAGCAAGAUGGGCAAGAUCAUGCGUGGACCUUUCAUGAAGUUCGUGGCACACGCAGCCUCCUUCACCAUCUUCCUGGGGCUGCUGGUCAUGAACGCAGCUGAUCGGUUUGAAGGCACCAAGCUCCUUCCUAACGAGACCAGCACCGACCACGCCAAGCAGCUGUUCAGGAUGAAAACCUCCUGCUUCUCGUGGAUGGAGAUGCUCAUCAUGUCCUGGGUAGUAGGCAUGAUAUGGGCUGAAUGUAAAGAAAUCUGGACUCAAGGGCCAAAGGAAUACUUGUUUGAGUUGUGGAAUAUGCUUGAUUUUGGCAUGUUAGCAAUCUUUGCAGCAUCGUUCAUUGCAAGAUUCAUGGCCUUCUGGCAUGCCUCCAAAGCACAGAGCAUCAUAGACGCCAACGACACGCUCAAGGACUUGACCAAGGUCACGCUGGGAGACAAUGUGAAAUACUACAACCUGGCCAGGAUAAAGUGGGACCCCUCAGAUCCUCAAAUCAUCUCUGAAGGCCUUUAUGCAAUUGCUGUGGUUUUAAGUUUCUCAAGAAUAGCGUACAUUUUGCCAGCCAACGAAAGCUUUGGACCUCUACAGAUCUCACUUGGAAGAACGGUGAAAGACAUCUUUAAGUUCAUGGUCAUAUUCAUCAUGGUGUUCGUGGCCUUCAUGAUCGGGAUGUUCAACCUCUACUCCUACUACAUCGGUGCAAAGGAAAACGAAGCCUUCACAACAGUCGAGGAGAGUUUUAAAACACUGUUCUGGGCCAUAUUUGGACUUUCCGAAGUGAAAUCAGUGGUUAUCAAAAAUAACCACAAAUUCAUCGAGAACAUUGGUUAUGUUCUUUAUGGCGUCUAUAACGUCACGAUGGUCAUUGUUUUGCUAAAUAUGUUAAUCGCCAUGAUCAACAGCUCCUUCCAGGAAAUUGAGGACGAUGCUGAUGUGGAGUGGAAAUUUGCGAGGGCCAAGCUUUGGUUUUCCUACUUUGAGGAGGGACGAACUCUUCCUGUUCCCUUCAACCUGGUGCCAAGCCCCAAGUCCUUGUUUUAUCUCUUGCUGAGGCUUAAAAAAUGGAUGUCCGAGCUGUUUCAAGGCCAUAAAAAAGGUUUCCAAGAAGAUGCAGAGAUGAACAAGAGAAACGAAGAAAAGAAAUUUGGAAUUUUGGGAAGUCACGAAGACCUGUCAAAGUUAUCACUUGACAAAAAACAGCUUGGUCACAGCAAGCAGUCCAGCAUAAGGAGCUCAGAAGAUUUCCAGCUGAACAGUUUCAACAACCCUCCAAGGCAGUAUCAGAAAAUAAUGAAGAGGCUCAUCAAGAGGUACGUGCUGAAAGCCCAGAUUGACAAGGAAAGCGACGAGGUGAACGAAGGGGAACUGAAGGAAAUUAAACAGGACAUCUCAAGCCUCCGUUAUGAACUCCUUGAAGAAAAAACUCAGAAUUCAGAAGACCUAGCAGAACUUAUUAGAAAACUUGGGGAGAAGUUAUCCAUGGAACCAAAUCAAGAGGAAAGCAAUAGAUAAUGCAGACUUCCUUUAAAGGUCGUGUUUAUUUGUCCACUUGAAGCCAUAUUACUUUUCCAAUUUAUUUUUUUAAGUGCCAAUGUGACAACCCUUUAAACAAGGGAUAAUUGGAAGAUAACGUGGGUCAUCCUAUUCUUUGGGACCCUCAUGCUUAAAUUCUUGGUGGUUCAAUGUCAUUAAGCUAAAACUCCAGACCGUGCGCAGGUUAUGGCCCGCCGCGGUGCUGGUCCGGCAAAGUCCGGCCGCGACCGGAGCUGUUCCAGCUGGCCGGGCUCUCCCCCGCCGGGAUUUCAAGGUCCGUUUGCUCCUGCCCAUCUCGCGGUGGCGGCCUGCAUCCCGCAGUUAGAGCAAAUCAUCUCUGGGCAGACGCUGGCUUCAUCACUGACCACAACCCCCACCCAAGACUGUGACGGAUCAUGUCUGUGCAAAAUGGAGUCAAAUAUUCCCUAAAUUUGCUGACUGACCCCUCUAGAAUGCCGUACAGGGAAACCUGCUUCUGAAGUGACGCCGGGGUCAGCGUGCACAUGCGUACGAGCGUGUGUGCGUAGAAGCAGGUGAAAUGUCUGUCCGGCUCUUUCGCAACCGGUAUAGACACUGAGAAACUCAUUAUAUUAUUUUCUGUUGUGGCUGAAAAUUACUUGCCCAAUAAGAAGCCUCUGCUAGCAAAGGCCCAAAGCCCCAAACAACUGCUCUUUGGCCCAGUUACAGCGUAAUCAUUUCUGAGGGCGCUUAGGUGAAUUUCCACACUUGGCAUCAAUUGUAAAGCGAAUCCGGUGUUGUGGGACUCGCAGCUGCUGACUGGCUUCGCGCUCCUCCACACGGAGACUGUGGUGGAAUCCGCACUCGUGGGCGCCGCCGGGUGGUGUCACUCCCGGUGACGCCAGGAGGCGACAGCCUCGGGGGAGAAGUUCCUGUUCGCCAAGGUCUAGCUGGCGCGGGGCACGCCCGAGGUCCUGCUCUACCGCCAACAGAGACCUCAAGUGCAAAGCCCGGCUUGUUCUUAAAGAGUAAAAUGGUCACAGAAAAUCUCCAAUGCUGAUUUAGUGACAUCAGAGAACUUAUGUGACCAGAUCAGAAAAUGGAGCUGAAAUUUGAUAUUGGGUGGUUCUGUGUUUGAGGGAUUCCUCACAGACGACUUACCUGGGGACACAGAAAAGUACGUUCCCAAACAUCUGUGCGAAUCGGAAGCUGGGAAGCCAGUCUCUGCCACGUGUGCUGCCCAAGUCCACGCCCUGCUGCCCGCGGGCGGCUGGCCUCCGUGCCGGGCCAGCUCCGUGGUAGAGUGCGGCCUGGCUCAGGGGUCUCCAGAAACAGACUCGGACCCCAGCGUCUCCACCGCCGCAGGAACCUGAUGGGGCUCGGGAAACGCGGCGGGCCGGACGGUGGCUCCCGGAGAGGGCCGGCCGCCACGUACGCCGCGCAGCCGGCCUCUCUAAGGGCCACUGCCUCCAGGGCGGGCAGACGGCAUCUCUUCGCAUCGCCCUUGAAUUGGAACGUGGAAAGAGAAACUCUGUCCCGACAGGCUAACUGCAGGCCGACUGCCCACGGCCGCCACCCUGGCCCCGACCCAGGCUGCUGGCAGCAUCAACGGUAAAAAUAAAGUGGCUGGAAGCUGAAGUGCCUUUGUCCAAGUGCUUGCCCUGGGGUCAGUCUCCUCUCAGACCUGGCGUCCAGGAACGCU